AUGGUGGUGUUCGAAGCUGAAGCUUUUCCUCCUCCUCGAGAACACCACGACGAAGACAGACCAGAUGAUGAAGAAGAAUCACCAUCGUUUAUCUCCCGAACGACCACAAAAUUGGCGCACGACCUUUCGUCCAUUCGUUUACGCGCGUUGCAGUCGUUACAUUUUAAAGUGAAAUUCAAUUUGGUUCCUCUGUUGGAAGUGACUGCGAACGACGCGUUACUGGAGAUUCUGAUUACGAAUCACGCGCUUCUUCUCGAAGAUUCUGAAGAAGGAAAACAAUUUAGCGGUGGUGGUGGUGGAGAGGUUAAUGAUGGUUUCGACGAGGACGACAAGAGGAGUAAUAGUAAUAGUUUUAAAAGGAGUCCAGUGGUGGCGAUUUUAACGACAGUCGUUCGAAAAUCGACGAAAAGAGAGUUGAAAAUUUUCCAAAGAACCAUGAGAAAGAUCAAAGGCGAAGCGACGUUGCGAAGGAUAGCGGCGGAUUGCAAACUCAUCGAAGGGAAAGAAUGGAUGAGCGAGGAGAUUGAUGCAUAUUUUAAAGCGAAACGGAGAGCGAUGGUUAUGCAAUCGCUUGGGAAUGAUGAUUUUAGUGGCGGCGAGGAUGAAGACGAGGAUCCGUCGUCGUCGUCGCGGCGCGAAGCCGCAGCGGCGAGUUCGAGGGAAAGUUUCAACGCGAAAGAGGAGGAGAUUCGGAGACGGUUGAAAAGAUACGAGAACGAGGAGUUGAGAACGUCGACGAGGAGCGAGCAGACGGUGACUGUGAAUAAAAUUCCGGAAGUUCCGAGGAUGGUGAAGUGCGUGAGCUCGGACGGGUCGUUUGGGAGGAAGCUGGUGUCACGAAGACGAGUAAGACGACGGCAUAUCGACGCCAACGAGGAAAAGAAGAACGAAUACGACAUUUUACGGAAACGCUUGACGCAAUACGAACGGACUCUGAAGACUACGACAAACGUGGACGUUUUAGUGGGAGUUUUGAGAGCUUUAAGGGAGAACAUUUUGAACGAUUGGGGCGUGCAAGCGUUCGCGCUGGCAAAUCCAGAGGGUGGAAUUGUGAGAUCGGCGUGUGAUAUUUUAGUAUCGUCUUCGAAUAGUAAUAGUAAUAGCGCGGCAGGCGAUGAUGUAGGAGCGGAAGAUUUCUUAAACUUGGACCGUUCGGUGGUUUCUUUAAAGCGAGAGGCGUUGCUGUUCUUAGCAGACGUGGCGUUGGGGUUGAAGUCUGAGUUGUACGAGAAUAGAAGCGAUGGUCUUGGUCUUAGCGCCACCGCGAUAGAGAUCUACGACGACGACGACGUACGUUUCGAUUACGCCGUGUCCACCCGUCGGCGGGAAGUCAUCUUCUCUCAAGGAGGCGAACAUCACGCGGGGCGAGAUGGUAACGAUGUUAUGCUCGACGGAGAUGAAAAAAUGUAUUAUUAUCAUUCCGUGCACGCGUUGCCGAUUGCGCACGCCAUUGCGGAAGCGUUCAUCGCUUUGGCGAGAUAUCCGUCAUUAUGCGGCGAAACGUGUGAACUCUUUGAACGAUGUUUUCUCGAGUGCGAUGUUUUGGAGCUCGCUAGUAUAGAUGCGAACACGAAUGGCGCGCAUCCGUCUUCACUCGUUCGUUUGAAAGGAUAUUUACGCGCGUGGAACGUCUCUGGGGCGAGGUCAGUCGGCGACUCUGGCGCGAACGCCUUGUGUUUCAUUACGUCUGAGAAACUCGCCAGAUUCGCGAAAGGCUUCAGCGUUGUUGUUGGAAAAUCAAAGAAGAAGUUCAACACCAUAGAUGACAUCUACGAAGACGCCGACGAGGAAGAGGAAGGCGCUAUUUUGCGCGUCAACGACGCGUUAAUCGAGAGCUGCGUGGAAGGACUCGACCAAUCGGAUUCGCACGAAGACGCGCACUGUUUGCUGGACGCCAUGUUUAUCAUGCGAGCGCUCGGCGGAGGCGAUUGUUUGCUCAAAUCACUCGCGAGUACUCGACAAAGCAUAGCUGGCAUUUGGGAGCGAUUUUUACUGGUCAAACCGAAAACAGUGAAAGAUACCGCGCUCUGGUCGCGCAUGUUGAGGCUUUUGUGUGGAUGUUUGAGUAGCAGUUCUAUUUCGGGAGCAGAUGUCGAGGAGAAAGAGCACGCGAUUCGAUUUCUAGCGUACGCCGUUGCAAAAGUAGGCGCGCACGCGUGUCGCCGAGGACUUCUGGAUACGAAAAAGUCUCGUGCAUACGACCACAACGAAAUGGGCGAGAACGUGGAUCCAAACAUCGUCAGUAAAAAUACUGCUGUCGAGGAUUCGCGUCCGGUCUGGUUGAAACAUCCCAUAGCGAUCGAAAGAGAGCUCGAGAGAAGCGGCGACGCCAGCGGUGUUCGAAGAUUAACGUUUCAAGAAGUUUUGAGAGAUGUUUGCGAUUGUUUAGAAGCGCUUCUGCGCGUUUCAUCGAACGCAUCUUUAAAUGCCGUCGACGUGUUUGCAAAGUCCGACGAGUUUGCGAUGACCUUAUCAGACGCCUUGAAAAAUCCAAAGAGAAGCGUCGAAUACGGCUCGUUGGUCGCAUGCUGCGAUUCCAUCUAUGCGUUGGCAGCGAUGACGAAACGAACGAGUAAACGAAAGAUGCUACACACCGAUGCGCUUUGCGAGUCGUGUCUUCCAGAAUUGUUGCGCGUCGUUGAACGCACGGCGACGAGUAUUGUGACUCACUUCGAUAAAUCUCGAUCGAGUAGUAUUUUCGACGACGCGUGCGGUGGAGAAUCGUUGUUGGAAUCCUCACUUCUCGCAGUCAUCGAGGUGUGUGAGAACGCGUCCUCGCCUUCAAUAUGGGCGGAAAAAUUUGACGCGAACUUUGAAAAUACUUCAAACAUCUUGCUCAGUCUCGUAGCGCGAACAAGUUCGGCGGAUUCAGUAGCAUCCUCCAAAGCGCCACGAUGCGCAGCUCUGAUUUUUGAUCUGGUCGCCAUGUUAUCGGCGGCGUUUCUCGACGACAGUCAAAAUGCAGCCAAAGCCAUCGCUUCGUGUCAGCGCGUCCGAGAAAUUGUAUUCGCAUCAACCUGGUUCGAUUGCGCAUGCUUGCUUGCCAUAGAUAAGAGUAACGCAUCUAUAGCCCGUUAUCGCGCCGCCGUGUGCGUCGCGCAGAUUCUAUCGAGCGUGGCGAAAGAUGAAACGUCGCUGUUCGACGCCGAGGUGCCUAGCUUAGAUCCAGGUUCUAAUCACAACGGCGGUCGCGUCUCGAUUAUUUCUUUACUCUCGCGACGCAAACUUUGGAUUACGUUCGCUCGAAUCCUCGAGGAACCCGUAGGCACGGAUGCCCUCGUCGCGAGAGGCGUUUCGAGCGCCAUGGUUGCGUGCGCGCGCGUCGACGUCGUCACCGCGAAGGAGUCGUUUUCAGAAUUCAACAUGUGCUUGAAGAAUUGGCUUCGGCCGAGGAAGAAGAAAGCCGCGACGGAAGGUGAGGUGCAUAUGCACAGAUGUGCAGCGUCUGCAAACAUGUCAAAAUUACUCGGUUUAUUCAUCGUCGGUGAGCGUUUGAACACGGACGAUUACGAUAGCGAUUACGCAUUGAAAGCGCGACCGAACAGUCCUCUUUUCUACGCGUUGUUUGAUGUUUUGAAAUCUGCACAGUCGAGAGGCGCGCGUGCGAAACUUUCUGCUGGCGAGCUCAGGGCAGCGUCGUCGGCAGCGUUAGCCAUCGCUGCCAUGCUCGACGGAGAGUACAACAACAGUUUAUCGGCGGCGGCUGAUGACGGCGUGAAGACAAAUAAUCUGGGAGAGGAGAACGCGCGAGGAGAGUUGUGCGAGGCGACUUGUGCAUUGCUCGAAAUGUCGCUCGUGACUACGUCUACCGUUUCAUCGUCGUCGCAAGGUCUUUUUGCGUUGAUUGCGACGAUGUUCAGUUGCGAACGAGCGAGCAGAGAUGCGUUGACGUUUGAUCCCGAGGAUGAAGACGACGGUGGCGAUGAAAUGCCACCGAAAACACCGCCGCUCAUCGACAUUGAAAACGAUGGCCACGAAGAGACUGCAGCAAAUGCUUCGAACGAAGGCGCGCAUCUACCGAUCGGUGCUCGUUUAUCUCGCGUUCUUUCGAGAGCUUUUACACCUCGCAUUACUCGUGGAGGUAUCGACGUUGACUAUGUGAAAGAGAAUGAUUUGUAUGUAACCGUCGCGUCUGCGUUUCAAAACGUACUCGCCCACUGCGCGAGUGCAAAGUUUGAAAUGAUUCGUUCUGGUUCUCUCGAACUCGUCUUGAAGAGAGUGCUGAGCGAAAAUAUCGACACAGGUGGUAUCGCGUUAUGCUUGCGCGUUUUGCAGCACGCGAGCUUCUCGGCUGCAACGUUUGAUGAAGAAAACGACAACGAAGGAGAAGAAGCGUUAGAAGAAGAGCACGCGUCCUCGAUAAAAAUUCGAGAAGCAGCUGCGAUGGUAAAAAACGCAACGUUGCUGAAAUACAACGGCGUUUUGGUCUUUGAGAAGCUCUUCUCGCUUCUUUUUACUCCUGGUCGAUCCACCGACUCCGCGCUGACGCUCUCGAAUCGGGUCAAAAUUGAACUUCGCGACGCCUAUCUUGCCGCGGUAACCAAUUUCAUCCUCGAGUCGGACGAGUUUAAGCGAUGCAUAUGUACUGCAUCGAAGAACAGCGGCGAAACGUCCAUAUUCAACCGCCUCGUUUCUUUGCUGUUUCGCGAAAAGGAGAAAACGACCCGACUUCGCGACCCGUUGAGUUUUGCCGAAGAAAAGUUCAUUCCUUCGAUUACAAUGGCGCGCGGCGUGAAGCUUCUCUCCUCGCUUUCCACGUUCUCGCUGACUCGAGCGCAAUUAUCUCGCUCCGUGUUCAUCGAAAAGUGUUGCGAAAUGAUUGCUCGUUUCUCCAUAUCGGGAACAGCGAGCACGAAGAACCGUUCGCGGGUCGAUUUGAAAAUCGAGUGCGACGCGGCCAUCGACGCGCUGUGCGUCCUCUCCGGAUCCGACGAGGACGGCGCGAAACUCCUCUUGCGUUCGUGUAAAAUCAACAUAAUCGGCCUACUCGUGGAUUGUUACGAACACGCGGACAAUAUCUUCGACGAAACCGUUCACGACGAGAAUGAAAUCGACGACGCCGACGACGACGAAAAAGACGAAGAUGAAGCAACGCCCUCCUCCUUCCUCCUCACCAAACGCAAACUCCUCCUUCUCUUCCACAACCUCUCCUUCGCCGGCGACGUCGCCAAAGCGCACUUCUGCGCGAAAACGAAAUCUCUCGACGUGCUCAUCGAGAGCAUCGAAAACAGUUUCGACGCGGAAUCCGCUUUGCUCGGUUCCGCCGCUCUCCUCUCGCUCGCCCGACGAGGCGCUCGAGUCCUCGCCGCGCUCCGCCGCGGCGACCGAGAGGAACGGUUGCGAAGAUGUUCGCGCGUGCUCGGCGAAAGAGUCGCGUUCUUAAACGCCUCCUCUACCUCCUCUCUCUCCUCCUCGAAUACAUUACACAAUCGGAGUGCGAGAAAAGAGAGAAGACGAAGAAAAGAGUUCAAAAUGCUCGCCGGCGCUUUGAAACGUUUGCGUGAGAUUUUAAAAGCUUUCGAGCACUCCGAAUCCUCUCUUUCGUAG